AGGGGAAUUUUUAGGCGAUAUAUAUUGGCAUCAAUGUUUACGAUUAUGAGCAGAUUUUGAACAACCGGUUGUAUAUAUAGUUGGAAAACUUUUGCACCAUAAUCAAUCUUUGUAAGUUUUCGCAGGUGUUUAAGUGUACAACGCAUUAAUAACAAUCGAAAAUGUCUAAUUCUGGCAUAAAUUUCAAAGCCUAUUAUGUGGAUGGAGAAAAUUCCGAAGUAAAACGAUUCUUCGUUGACCAUGAUACUGUAACAAGUUUCAUUUUCAUGGAGGAGAAAUUGAAGUCCAUAUUCCCUGGUCUAAGAAACUGCGACUUCAAAAUCAAUUGGAAAGAUGCCGAUGGUGAUCUUAUUUCGAUAUCAAGUGACGAAGAUUUCAUAACAGCAUUAACAGAAAUGAAUUACAAUCCAAAAGUCUUAUACAUCAAUGCCAAUUCGAAAAAUUCUCCUGAAGAACCCCGCGUGUUUCGCGUUAUCUGCGACAUUUGUGAGAAAGGAAUAACAGGCUAUCGUUACAAAUGUAUCGAGUGUCCCAAUUACGACCUGUGUUCAACCUGUGAAAACAAUGGUAACCAUUCUGAGCACAUGGUGUUGCGUUUGCCCAACAGCCACACACCGUUCGCUAAACUUGACACCAAAAUGAUGUGUAAUGCCGCAAGGGCUUUAAAAAAAUCAGCUUUCCAAGCCCACAGAUGUGCUAAAGAGGCGUUCAAAACUGGAAAAAAGGAGAAAGCACGAAGCGAAGAUGCUGGCACUUCCACACAGCAUUGUCCUUUCACCGCACCAGAUAUGAAUGAGUUUGUCGCACAGAACAUAAAUCCCUUUGUUGAAAUGUUAUCAAAAGGAAAUAACACAGCAACAUCUAACAACGAUCAAGCCGGCCAAAACCCUUUGUCGGAUUUGAUUCGAUCAUUCAUUGAAAUAUUAACUGGAUCUGUAGUAACCGAACCAGCUGCCGAAUCAAAUAAAACUGAGCAAAGCACUGCUGCUCCAACUACACCUCAGAAGAACCAACAAGAACCAUCAGCACCGGCAGCUCCACCUAAAAGUGGUCAAGAAAUGGACUGGACUAUUGUUAGCGAUAACGAAGACACUUCAUCCCAGGCCAGUUCAAAAACACCCACAACCCAACCACCAAAACCAGUACAAGAUCCUAGAUUGAUGAGAGGCUUGGCACAACUUCAUGAAAUGGGCUUCUCUAACGAAAGUAAUUUCCUUAAUUAUUUACUCGAACAGCACGAUUACAAAAUUGAUAGUGUGGUUAAAGCUAUCCUUCAGUUAAAAUAGAUGUAAUAACCAACAUCACCUUGGGUAUAUUCUACUAUAUAUUUUAUUAUAUUUACUGUAUUAAUGGUUAUUUUGAUUAUAAAGAUACCCUUGAAGGUAUUAAUAUAUUAAGCAUUCCUUAAAUGUA